AUGCUAACCGAUGAGACGACUAAAAAUGAUAAUAAUUCAACAACAUCAUCAUCACAUAAUUCAUCAACUGAAUUAGCUUAUCUUCCUAUUGGUUGUUCAGUUAGUGCCAAAUAUCGAGGAGCAUUUUGUUCAGCACAAGUCAAAGCAAUUGAAAAACAAGUUAAAUUAAAAGUAACAUUAGUUGAUAGUGGUGAUACAAUAACAAUAUCUGAAGAACAAAUUGUACAUUCAGUUCCUUUACGUAUUGGUAAUACUGUAACAAUACGUUUAACAUCAUCAAAUCGUCGUCAAUCAAAUGAUUCCAAUUCUAAUCAUCAUUAUUCUCGUAGUGGUUUAGCUGCAUUUAUAAAUCAAACAAAUCCAGAUGAGAAACAAGCAACUAUUAAACAAAUUAUUGAUAAUAGUAUUUAUACAGUUGUAUUUAAUGAUGGUGAUGAAAAGUCUUUAAGACGUUCAUCAUUAUGUUUACAAGGUAUUCGCUUAUAUCAAACACAAUAUGGACAACAAAAAAUUUUAGAAGAAAUUCCAACAUCAACAUCACCACCACCUUCAAUACCUCCACCAUCAUCGUCAUUAGUUACAUCAACUGAUACAACAAAUACAAAUGCUAAUGAUAUAACAUCAAUUGUUGCUGUUAAGCGACAUGGAAAUUCUGAUCAACAAGCUUUUCCAGCAUUGGUACUUAAACGUAAAGCAUUAGCUGAUUAUAUGUGGGUUCGAAGUUUUGUUGAUGGAAGAGAAUAUAUUGUUCAUACACGUGAUGAUGUACAACCUUAUCAUAAUAAUCCAGAUAUUCAAGCUUUAUGUCGUUCAACAUCAAAACAGGCAACACAAGCUUGUGAAAAAUUUAUUAAAUAUAAUCAAAUACCAGCUGUAUGGCAUAAGGGAAAAAAGAAACAAUAUAAAUCUGAUGAUAAAAAUGCACAAAGUGAUGUUGAGAGUACAAGUGAAAGUGAUUCAAGUUCGAGUGAAUCCGAAGAUGAUGAUGAAAUUGAUGAAGAAACUACAGAAGAAAAAGAUUCAUUUGUUGCACAAUUAUUUGCUUUUAUGGAUGAUAGAGGCACACCAAUAAACAAUAUACCUAAAGUACAAAACUAUGACCUUGAUCUUCAUCGUUUAUUCAAAAUUGUUCGUAUGUUAGGUGGUUAUAACAAGGUUACAAAAAAUGAUCAAUGGAGUAAAGUUCAUAUAAAAAUGGGUUUACCAGAUGAAAUUUCUUCUGAGAAUGGUCGAUCAAUUGAACAUGCAUAUAAAAAAUAUUUAUUUGCUUAUGAAGAUUUAUCAAAAAAAUUAGGUUCAAUGAAUGCACCAAGUGCAUAUUUUGGUGGUCGUACAAGUCUAGGUAGUGAGUCACGACGAAGUUUAAUACGUGUACGACAACAACAACAAGAAGAAGAAAAAAAUCAAAAGAAAACUACAAAAUCUAAACCGUCACCUGCAUCUGUCAAACAAAGAUCUCGUAAAAGUAGUGAAUCUCGACCAUCUACUGAUUCUAAACAAACAUCAUCAUCAUCUACGAAAAAAUCAACAUCGAAAUCAUCUACAACAUCAGCUCGAAAAGGACCCAAUAAAAUAAAACCGGCAAAUAUUCUUUCAUCUAGUACAUCUGAAUCUGAAAGUGAAUCUGAAAGUGAAACAUCUGAUGAUGAAUCAAAUCAUUCAUCAUCAUCAGUGUAUAAUAAAACUAAAACAAAGCCUAUUUCUUCGACAACACAAAAAAAACCAGUAAUAUCAUCAUCAGGAAUUCCAAAAAAAAUUAAUCAAGUAUCAUCAUCAUCAAAUACAACAACAACUAAAACUGAGGUUAAAAAAAUUUCAACAACUACUAAACCAAUAAUAUCAUCAACAAAUGAUAAUAAACAAUCAAAAUUAACUAUAACAAUACCAAUUACAAAAUCUAAAACAACUCAAUCAACUAAUUCAACAACUGCUUCAUCAAUUAAAAAAACUAAUUUGACUUCUUCAACUAAAGAUGAAAAGAAAAAACCUUCCGAAAUAAAAUCAAUUCCAAUAAAAACUGAAUCAAAAAUAAUAUCAUCAUCAAUAACUAAAAAAACUCUUAUAUCAACUUCAAAAACUUCACAAAUAACAAAAACAAAUCAACAACAAAAACAAUCAUCAAAUGAAUCUGUUAAAUCAACAACAGUUAAUAAAACACCAUCAUCUAUAUUACCAUUCAAACCUAAAACAACUCAAUCACAUACAUCAACAAACAAUAAUAAUAAUAAUAAUAAAGAAAAAUCAGGAAUUUCAAAACCUACACCAUCAUCAUCUAUGGAAUCCCGACAAAUAAAACCAACGAAAAUAAAUUCUUCAUCAAUAAAAACAAAUACACAAGAACGAUCAUCAUCAGCACCUGUUAAAAAAACAAAACCAAUACCUCAUGAAGAAAAUCUUACAAAACCUAUUUCAUCUACAUCAUCUAUGAAAAUUCCGAAAAUAUCUUCAAAUAAUGAUUCAACAAAAAAAUCAACAACAUCAAUUGAUAAAAUUCCUAAAAAACAAUUGUCAAAAGAAACUACAGCUAAAAUAUCGAAAACACAAGAUAAUACAUCAUCAAAUAAACCAAAUAAUGAUCAACAAACAAAAGCUCAUACACCAUCUCCAACUCGUCCAACAUUGCCUGAAUCAAUAAAAAAACCUAUUCUACGUGACCUAUCUCCAUUACCAGUAACACCAGUAUCAUCAUCACCACCACCACCACCUGCACUACCGCUUUCAACUUCAAUAUCUACAAUUAGCGAUGAACCUAUUACACCCACGAUUUUAUCAAUUCCAUUUAGUACUAUACAAAAUGUUAGUUCUUCAAAUGAAACAACACCCGAAGUUAAAUUAACUGAAACACCUUUAAUAUUUCAAUCUACAUCGGUUACAACAAAAGAAUUAAAUGAAAAUGAAAUUUUUCCAUUAAAUUCAAAUAAACGUCCACACUCUGAUGAAAAUACUGAAUCAAUUUUUAUAUCAUCAACUAUAUCGGAAAUCGAAGAACAAUUAUCUCCAUCAAAACGAGUUAGACGUUCAAUAUCAUCUCAAGAAAGUAUUGAAACAUUUAGUAGUACUGAUCAACCAUCAUCAAUUGAUUAUAUAUCUGCUAAUCGUAAUACUCAAUUAACAUAUGAAGAUAUUUCUAUAAAUGAUAUAUUACUUGUAACAUGGGGUAAUCAAGGAACAAAACAAUAUCCAGCAAGAUGUAUUGAAAAAAAUGAUGAAAAAAAAGAAUUAUUAGUUCAUUAUACAGGAUGGAAUUCUCGUCAUGAUGAAUGGAUAAAAUUAGAUCGUGUAAUUGAACGUAAAGAUUUAACAAAUGCUAAUACAUUAUUUCAACAACGUCCACGUCGUACAAGUCAAAUAAAUACAGUACGACAACAUCUUGAUUCAACAAAUUCUAUAAAUUCAAUUGAACAAAAUAAUCCACAACAAAUAACAAAUUCAUUAAUUGUUGAUAUUAGUUCAUCAUCAACAAUAAUUGAUGAUGAUGAACAAAAUAAAAUUUCUAAAACAAUUACAAUUGAAACACAUAAAAUUGAAGAAUCUGAUAUUGAUGAUAAUAGUCAAGGACAAAGUGAAAUUUGGAAUCAUGUAGAAACAAUAUCAUCGACAGAAGAUGAUACUCUUUCAUAUUCAUCAACUACACGUAUAAAUCAAUCAGAUAUAAAUCGAUUACCUAUUGAAGAAACAACAAAUAUUCGACGAAGUCUAUCAGCUACUAAUAAUGAAAAUAUUCUCUCUGCUCAGAGUGAAUUUGAAUCAAUUGAUGAAAAUGAUAAUGAAAAUGAAUCAACACGAGAUGAUGAUCAUAUUCAAUCGAUAAUUCCAAAACGAAGACAAUCAAGAGCAACAUCAUCAAAUACUAAAAUUGAUUCAACAUUAAAUAUAAAAACUGAACAAAUUGAAGAAACUCCUCCAUCAAUAUCCGAAAUUCUUGAACAUCCACAUCAAUAUCCACUACAUGUCAAAGAAGAAACUAUUGAUAGUUCAUCAAUAUGUCAACAAUCAUUUCAAACGCCGUUAUUACCACCACUACCAUCAUCUCUUGUAAUUGAACCAAUUCUUCCUUCAACAAAUAUAUUAACAUCACCUCCAGCACCAGCUACUAGUAAUCGUCGUGCUUCUGUACGUCAACAAAAACGACGUUCAUUACGUGAACCAAAUAAUGUUAAAGAUUCAUCUCUAUCAGCAAAGAAAAAAACGAAAUUAGAUAUUGGAAAUAUUAUUAAUACAGAUAUUAGUACAGAUUAUAUAACAAAUGUUGAUCAGACAUCAACAAGAUCAAAUUCAACUGAACAACAAUUUCCAGAAAGUACAACAACAAAACGUUGUCGACCGCCAGGAAGACGAGGUGGAAAAAAAUCUAUUAAUCAACAAGAAUAUGAAAAUGAAGAUUAUCGUUCAAGUUCACCAUCAAAUAUAACAAUGCGUCAACAAUUAAAAGAUAUGUUUAAACAUCGACCAAGUCGUUAUAAUUUUCUUGAUCUUAAUAAUAAUUUAACUGGUGAUGAACGUAUAACUCAUUUAAAAGAUCGUAUGCGUGAAUGUCAAAAAGUAUUUUUUAAUCUCAAAAGUGCAUUAGUUAAAAUUGAAAAACAACGUAAAAUAUUUCUUCGAAAACAAAAACCAAUUUUAACUACAACAACAGCAAUUAUUCAAGCAACAACUACAGAAAUUUUGGGAACAACAACAUGUACAUAA